AUGGCUAUGUUCCUCAUCGUCGUGUCCCUGCUCUCUCUCACGCUUAUCAAUGGCGUUCAAACAGCUUCUUGUUCCUUUUACUGCUUCGUCUCUCCUGCACUGAAGGAAACGUUCGAUAUUAGCUUCUAUCGCAAUUUGUCGUGCACUCACUUCGUGUACGGUUCUUCGAGAAUCCGACCUGAUAUGUCUCUUUAUGGUGUCACAGCUCGUGAUAACAUGGACGUGAUGAAACCUGGAAAUCUGCGGAAAUUUUUAGGGCAUCUCGACGGUCUAUUCAUUCGAAUUGACGGGCCUAUUUUGGAAUCGACAAUUUCUCAACACUUCCUUUCAGCUGUUUCCAUGACUCCAUCGAAACCUUCUUUUAAAACGACACUGGCAAUCUCUCCACGUUGGAUGUGGCGAAUUGGUGAUAGAUUGAGCGAUCUUGUCGACUAUGUCGAUCACAUCUACAUCGCCAUGGAAGAGCUUCCAUCAUCGGAGGACGCAUAUUCGGUGAGUCAUCUCGAUCCUCUCAUGUCAGCACAGUCAAUCCCACUGGAGGAUACAAUCAGCGGCUGUAUAGACAAGAUGUUGAACAGUGAUAUACCAGCGAAAAAAAUAAUUGUUGGAUUAAGCAGCGGUGGACGAACGUUUAAGAUACAUUGGAUUAACCACCAAGGACUGGGUGGUGUUGGGCUGUCUUCUCUACAGUUGGACGAUCCCACUGACAGAUGUGGAUUGGGCCAAUAUCCAUCGCACAUGAUGAUUGGCAAAAUGUUAAAAUGUCGUACGAGAGAUCAUCACCGUCAACCUCCAGCCCAAUGCACUCGCCUUUGUUAUCUCGACAAAGGUGCCGAGAAGUUUGAUCCGUGGUCCUUGCAACCGUACUGGUGCAGCCACCUUGUCAUAGGACCUAUCGAUAUUCAGUUGACGGACGCUAUCGAAAUUUCUGUGCCGGUUAAAAAUCUGAUCAGCCGCGUUAACGACUGGAUCCGAAAAUCUGACGACAAUAAGGCGAAAAUCGUUCUCUCCAUUGGAGCACAGCAGAUGAAUGACAUUUGGCGUAUGGAGCUCAGCAUUCCGAUUAAAAGAAUGAACCUCAUUAACAAUAUCAAGAACACUGUUCGGUUUAUGAACGCAUCCGGAGUUGAGAUAUCGUGGACAUUUGAGCCACUUGGCAGUGUCAUGGACGCUUCACUUCUGUCGCAGUUCUUAGUCGAUCUAAGGACUGUAUUGCCUCAAGUAGGUGGUUUAUUAACACCUUAG